AGCGACGCUCUCUGGAAGAGCAACUGCAAACUGCCAAGUAACGAUCGGCACUCCCUCCCCCUCCCUCCCUCACUCAGGCAAUGGUCGUCCCUCGCAACGUCCUGCCUACUAGGGCAAGCUACUCAACAGCUGUACUCGAGCGGCACCGCCGGCGAACUACAACCGCCGUCGCCGCCUCUACCUGCCUCUUUUGCCUGCACGCUCUCUCGUUCCAACCGAGGAACACUCGAGCAGUUCGAACAGCGGCGUCUUCUAAGCUCCAUCCGCUCGCUUCCUCUACAACCCAAACCCACGCGUCAAAGACCCAAAAGGUGCUCCAGGACUGGGCGUCGCGCAAACGACACGCUGAGGAUAUCGAACAGACGGCGACAAAGCUCGUCUCCGCUGCUGCAAAGGAGAAGUGGUUUGCUACGCAGAGAGUGGAUGGAAAUGGGGAGGAGGAGGUGAUGAAGGAGAGGGUAAAGAAGGAGAAAGUUGUGGAGCCCCUGUUGGGGAUUGCAAGGGCUGAGGACGAUGUAACAUUCGGCCAACUAGGCAUCCCCCCACGCGUCGAAAAAGCCCUCUUUGAAAAAUUCAACAUCUCAUUCGCCUCGGAAGUACAGCGUCAAAUGAUACCCGCCGCUUUGAGCCCGAACGACCUGUUUGUGAAGGACAUUACCGGAUCCGGCAAAACGAUAGCCCUUGUCACUGCGAUCGUCAGCAAAUCGCAUCCUAAAUUACUCUUAUCAGCAGCUGCAAAGCAAAAGGAGCUGGAAGAUGGGGUGGACGUGGAGGCGGAGGAUGUUGUAGACGCAGCGGAAAGUCUCGUCGCGCAUAAAGGGGACAAGUUGUAUCAAAGAAAAGGAGAGAAGGCUAAGGCGCAUUCGCAGCGAUACCUGCAUACCUUAUGUAUGGUGCCUACCAGAGAAUUAGCGCUGCAGCUAACAGCCUGGAUAAAAGACCUCUCACCCGCCCUCCGCCACAAAUCCUUAAAGUCACCAGAAGCCGAGAUGGCCGCAGCAAAGCUUGUGCAAUGCGUGGUCGCGGGUGUCGAUAUCGAUGUGCAGAAAGAACUGCUGAAGCAAUGCACACCUAAAAUCCUCAUCGGCACGCCCAACCGCCUCACGGAACUGUACAACCAACGUGCGUUCGAUGUUUCUAGAUUGCAGCUCCUCGUGCUAGAUGAGGUCGAUAGGCUGGUUGAGGCGCGUCAACGAUACGAUACAGUCAAAACCCGCUUCAACAAGAUCACACACCCUUUAGCCGGUGAUCUCCUCCUGAAAAGGAUCUACAAACACCGCUCCCUCGCCCGAAAAGUCGCGGGCGGGGACAUAACCGCUCAAGAAAGUACAAACGAAACCGUCAACAUUAACACGGCGGUCAUCUCCGACCCCGCGAAACGCAGAAUGCAAACCAUCGCCUGCUCCGCCACCCUCAACAACAACCUCCGCCGCGAACUCACCAACAUGCGCGGGUGGAUGCACCACGCCGUCGCCGUCGAUGUCUCGGGGACGACCCGUACACCCGAUACACUCACCCACCAGGCGAUCUUGUUCGACAAGUACGGCCGGCCGAUGACGCUGACACCACCCAAGAGAUAUCAGGAAGAGGAUAAACGGGAGACAGAACGAGCGGAAAUGGAACCCGCCCUCCCGGAUACGGACCCGGCGAUCAUCGAGACACUCGCAAAGCUGAUACACGACGAUACCGUCACAUCCGCACUCGUGUUUGUGCAAAGCUCCAUAUCGCAGACGGAGGUGGUCCAGAAACUGAACGCGUUGGGCAUCCGUGCGGGGAGGUUAAGCGAUAAUCUGGAUUAUGUCGGGCACAGCGUCGGCAAGCAUUUCAGUAAAGAGGUCAGAGCGGGGAAGCUGGAGGCCAGGAAGAAGGAUAUGGAGGCGUGGGAGGCCGAGAACGGACCAGCGGCGGGGGAGACGAUACCCGAUGGCGAUGCACGGCCCCGAAGUCGCCCCAUCGCAGAAUACGUGGAAGAACAACCACCCCUCACCGACGAUCCCGCCCCACCCCCACGCAAACAAAACACGUUCGCCGCCCACAUGCACGGCACCAAACAGAUCCUGGUCCUGACCGAACCCGAAUCCCGCGGCCUCGAUUUGCCCACCGUCACCCACGUCUUUGUCCUCGGGCCGCCCACCUCGCCCGCGAGUUAUGUGCAUAUGGCCGGCAGGGCGGCGCGGUUUGGGAAAAAGGGAAAGUGUGUCACGUUGUUGGGCGGGAGGAGGUUUGAGGAGAGGAUGAGGGGGUUUUAUAGGUUGUUGAGAAUUGAGGUCAGGGAGUGAGUAGAGGAUGGGGGUGAAGGGGCGAUGAGGGAGGGUGUAUCGCGAGGAGCGAGGGAGGGAGACAUAGAUAGAUUUGUUGUAGAUGAGGUGAGAAACGGGCGUAAUUUAACAGCAAGAAACAUCACCGUCCCUGUUCUCUAUUGGUCAAGUACCGAGCCAAGCGACAGGCUUCCCCCCAUGAGAACGGAAACGGCUGCAGCAGUGUGUCGGGGAGCAUGUACAGGAUGAAUGUGUUGUUCACUCGGUCCUAUGUAGGGUCGUGGUCGUGCUGCUUCUAGCAGACAGAGCACUCACUGACCUCAGACGGCCCUCAGACGGCACCCCACUAACAUACUCCCGUCAUACUGAGGAGCUUCCCAGGAAGGCAAUGGCGAAGGCAAUAAAUUCCCUUUGAACCGAGUGCUCUCAGUGCAGAAGUCAAGUCCAUAAUAACACUCUCCUAUAAUAUAUACUGUGCUGGGAAACUUCCUUCUCGGGUGAUUGUUUUGCAACAGGUUU